GGAAGCCACAUCAAAGUUGAGAGGUGAGGGUGUAAAACACCCACCGGGGGGCUGCGAGUCAGCAGUUCGAGAGAGAUCUUGAGAUGGCUCGUUGUGUGGAGGCUGUGAAGGCGUGGGAAGUCAAGUCAGGCCUCCGCUUCCCGCAUGAAAAGAUGGAGGAGGAGUUCGUACUGUGGCAGGUCAGUCAGAAGGGGCAAGCAACAAUGAGGCCGACAGGGGCAACUUCAACGCUGAUUGGUGCCUGUGUGACUGUCUGUCUGCAGGUGUUUGAGGGGCUUGCCUUUUAUCGAUUAUGCCUUUGGGUCACUCUGGUGGCCUGCGCCAUCGGUUUCUUCAGGCAGGCUGCGCAGACGGCUUUUCGGUUUUGGGAUAUCCACAACCUCGUGUGGCUGGCGUGUUCCGCUGGGAGGUGCUGUUUUCAAUGGUGGGUGGCCCGCAGUGUGUCCUUGUGCAUGAAGACGCAGGACGCGGCCAGCUUGCGCAUCAUUCGCCGAGUGCUGCUAUUGAUGGUUGUCUUUGCGGCUCUCAACCAAGUGGUGGGAGCCAACGAUUUGGUCCGGCGAUUUGUCAACAUGUACUCAUUCAGUACACCGAUGGGCGUGUCCUUCCCUGUCGCGACGUCGCUGCUCGUGCUGUCCGCUCCUGGUGAGCAUGAUGACAAACACAUGAUAGGGCAGUGAGUGGGUGGGACACACACGUACGUGUGUACGUGUGUGUGGGUCCCUGGUGCUCUGGUGGUGCACUCACUCAGGUCUCUUCUUUCUGGAGCGCAUCUUUCUGUUCACGUGUGCGACUGCUUUGCACAUGGUGCUGGGCCUGCUGAUGCUGCAUGGGUCUCCGACGACGGACUACGGCGUGGGAGGCGCAGCCGGCUACUCUCUCGUGACCCUAGUUAGUCUGCUCUUCGCCCCAAGUGAGUGAGUGAGUGAGUGAGUGAAGGAUACGAAAGGACGAUGCGUGCGUCUUUGCAGCCGUCUUCUACUCCUGGUUUCACCACGAGCGGCUGCAGCGCAUUGUGUGGGAAAAGCAGUCGAGCUCCCAAAGCCACUUGGUUGGCAUAUCGCACGACGCUUACGCGACCGACUUCCCGCUUUCUGUAUCUGUGCCCAUCUCAGCGUCAGCUCUCAGACGUCACAAACGACCUCGUCUGCGAGGUAGACGAUCAGGGCCACAUUCUCUACGCCUCCCCUAACUUCGAGAGCGUCCUCGGGCCGUCAGGCGGCGCGGGCGGCACCAAGACAGGCGAGAGAGACGGGCUUGUCACGAAGGAGGGGCCGUUGCGGUCCACUGACGGCGAGAGCAGCAGCUACAUCGGCACCAGGCUCGUGGAUCUCAUUCUGGAGGAAGACAGGCACUUGUACGAGGGAUGCUUCCGCAAUGCAGACUGCAAAGAGGACACAGGUGGGUAGGUGCAUUGGUCCACAACAGACACCGCAGCACGUUGGUUCCGUCCAUGCGUGUAUGUGUCACGGGUUGCCUUCAGGUAGCGAUAGCACGCAUGACGGGACCAGCGAGACUCUCAGCAACACGAGCCGAUCCCCCAGCUGCAAUACCCCACAACCUCCAGGCGUCAGCGGCGCUUCAUCGUCCUUCUCGUUCAACUCCCACCUCGGGCAGCGGCUGACCAAGGACACCUGCAGUGCCGGCCCGCGGACUGUCUUCAGCCGGGUAUCCAGUGCCGAGGAGGGCGGUGGAAGGUGGAGGUGCUGCAUCCUACGCCUGAAGAGGCAGCGAGAUGGCCACGAAGAGCCCUCCUACCUAUCCUGCGAGCUCUAUGUGGCCGCGCAGCUGGCGGACUCCCAGUCAUCAUCCCGCCGCUUCAUCUGUGCGAUGCGGGACGUCACUGAGGUGCAGCGGACCAUGGCCAAAUUGUCCUCUCUUCUGGAGGGGUGCGCUCAGCAGAUGGACCUGUCCAUAUGGGGAAUGGACACUCGCACAAUGAAGGCAGUAGAGACCCAGCACCGCACAUGCGGCGGGCUGCACACCCAGCAGCACCAGCCGGCCUCCAGCACCCAAUCUACCUGCUGCCAGCAGCCAGUCCCCCAACAGCAGCAGCAGCAAGACCAGCCGUCCCCCCCUCCCGAGUCGCUUGUGCCCCAAGCAGGAGAUGCCGAUGGUGGAUCUUGCUAUUCGUCAUCGGACAGCCGCGCUCACACCACCGACCCACACAGCACCGACAGCACAUCCACCAGCCACCACUUAUCAUCGCAGGACAACAGCCAUGGCAAUGGCCUCGCCAUCCAUCGUCUGACCACAGAUGACAUCAAGGCCUGUGGGAAGGCGCCUGUGCGGCUGGCGAGUUCUGGAGUGAGUGGGUCCUUCUCGCCCACCUGCUCGCCCACCGAUCCCGCGUGGAUGCAAAGUCUUAAGGAGCCGGAGAGGGAAAAGAUGGAGGCGGCCAUGCGCGAUUUGCUGGAGGGGGGGAAGUCCUUCCAACAGGAGGUGCAGUACGAGCAGGCCGACGGGGCGAUCAAGUGGCUGAAGGUCGCAGGCCGGCUCGCCAACGGUGUCCCUGACUUAGUAUGGGGUUUCGUAAUGGAUAUCACUGUGUAAGCAUACACCAGGAUCACAUAUCACCCACUCAUCCAUCGCUUUUGUGUGUGCGCGCGCCACAGAGAGCGUUUACGUGAGAGUGAGACCGGUUCUCGGGCCGAGAAGCUGCAGUGGCUGGCGGAUGCCUCCUUUGACGGCUGGGGGGUCGCCGAAGUAAUGGACUCCAAGUGAGGACGAGACGAAAUGGCUGACAGAGGCACGGCAGCGUGCAACCGACUUUUGCACCUCUGUCUGCUCCCAGGUUGAUAUUGGAGAGCUCACCAAGGCUGAAUAUCCUUUACGGAGCGUCCCUCGAGGUACGUGAGACAGACCAGCAAUCGAUGCUCUAAGGACCGACCAACCACCGAUGACGAUUGCAAUGUCUCGUGAUAAUGAUGAUUUCAGGGCUGUCGUGUGGAGACGAUCCUGCCCGUGGACGUGCUUCAGACGAUCAUGCAGAGGGGAUCAUGCAAGGACGUCCUCAUUACUGUAGGUCACCUCGGCCAGCCAGCGGCACUCACUCAUCUGACCGACACGGACACAUGUGAUCUCUCUGUGUGUGCGCGUUCCCUCCAUGGCAGAUCCAUCCGCAGAAGUUCGUCGCCCGUCCGCCUCAGUAUGUCUUCUGCUCGGCCGUCCAGGACCCGCUGGACCCAGCUAUGGUGCUCUUCGCCCUCCGCGACGCCCCAUACAUCGAGCAGCCGCCCACCGAUCCACCCACCGACAACACAGACGACCACCCGGGCGACCUUUGUCGGUCGUCCUUCACGGGCCUCUGCGAGUCGCACAUCCCGCAGCACAAGUCUUCCUUCCCCCCUCAGUACUGCGCGGCGAGAGACUGCUACAACGGCGACGAUGAGAGCAGCGUCAGCGUCAGCGUCAAUCGGCCUGCCUACGAGAUGGCGGUGAGGCGAGCCAUGGAGUGGUCCUCAGACGGGCCUGCAUGCCCACCACCGCCGUCAAGAGCGCCCUGUGAAGCGAUGGCGAGCAACGGAGAGGGGAAAAGGGAGGCGGAGAGCAUAUGGGAGGCGGAAUCGGAAAGUGUUGACGAUGAGUACCAGCUGCUGAAGCAGCAAGUGCUAUCCAGCUUGCCUCGUGGGGCCAGCCCCCGGGCCAACGAGACGGAGCCACACCCUCCAAUGAGCAUGAAGUCCAACAUGAGAAGAGAGGCGCCACCGACCACGGGGACAGAAGACGGCCUCAGGCGGCGAGUGCGGCCCAGGAGCGAUGCGUCCUUGGACGCCCAUUCCGUGCCCUCGUCCACCAAGUCUGAUGACGGCCCCGUGGCAAGGCCUGACCACACCGCCCCCCUGACCACCCGUACGAGGAUCGUGCGUCCGUCCUCUCCCCCCCUGUCGGCACCAUCUGAGCUGCGAGCCGACGACGACGACGCUCAUGGGAAGGAUGAUGGGGGGAGCAAAGGGAGUGGUGGGAACGGCAAUGGCUCGUCGCAAUGGGGGCAGAGGGGGGCCGUUGUCACGCAGAGAAGGUAUGUUGCGCACACAGGCAGACAGACAGACAGACAGACAAAAAGUGUGUGUACAUGUGGCUAUCUGCCUGUCUGCCUGUCUGCUUGUCUGUGCGUGCAGGCGUGUGUCUCAUUCGUGGGCUGGUGGCGGCUCGACAAUGCAACGGCGCUUGCCGCCGAUACAAGAGGAAGACACUCACCACCAGAACCACCACCAGCAGCACAGUGCUGCUCCAGACAGAGAGGAAAGGUGACCGCGGUGGUCAGGUCUUGCAUCCUCCGUGCAUGUGUAGAUGAUGUGUAGGUGACUUAGUAUGGUUCAGAUUUCAUUGAUUUCAUGUUGCGUCACUCUUUGAAGGUUUUGCGGCUGCGCGUUGUGGGCAUUUUGAUGUUCCCUUCAUAAGAGAGACAGACAGACAGACAGACAUGGGGAUAUACUGCAGUUCUCCCCGUGACCCCCUCAGUACGUACGUACUCUUUUUC